AUCCGUGGUCAAAUAAGAGUGCUUUGGCUAGUGGAAGAAAAGGAUAUUAUGUAGUGUACAAACGUUUGUGACGUUCAUUCAAACACAAUCACAAGUACUGGUUUAACAAUUCAUCAAAUGUUUAAGAAUGAAUCACCAUACACUUUCCAGUCAGCCACUCAACAUAUAAUAACUCUGACAUCAACUGAAUUUAGUGUGUGUUUUGUGUGUGUUUGAGAAAGAUGAGUGCUCUUAAAUUCUCUUGCUGCCCCCAAUUGAAUAGUCUUGAAAUUUCUUCUAAAUCCCUCAAUUCUCUACCAAAUUCCAAGAUUUUUCUUCCGGUCUCCAAGAAUUGUAGUUUUGUUAAUACCCAUUAUCCCAAAAUCUUGUCUUUAAGAAAUGGUGGUGCAAGUUCAAGAAUCAGCUGUUCUGCAAGUUCUUCUGAGCUAAGCAAGGAUUAUGAUGAAUUCGUGGAAAAGAAAAGUGUUUCGGUGAUUCUUUUGGCUGGAGGCAAAGGAAAAAGAAUGGGUGCGAGCAUGCCGAAGCAGUACCUUCCACUUUUCGGGCAACCAAUUGCUUUAUACAGUUUCUAUACUUUCUCGCUUUUGCCUGAAGUCAAGGAAAUCAUUGUGGUUUGUGAUCCUUCUUACCAAGACAUCUUUGAAGAUGCUAAAGAAAAUACUCACGUGGACCUAAAAUUUGCAUUGCCUGGAAAGGAAAGACAAGAUUCUGUUUAUAGUGGACUACAGGUAGUUGAUCCGAAUUCUUCCCUCUUAUGCAUCCAUGAUUCUGCAAGACCUCUAGUGUCAUCGAGUGAUACAAAAAAGGUUCUGAUAGAUGGUUGGCUUACUGGAGCAGCUGUCCUUGGUGUUCCUGCCAAAGCCACAAUUAAAGAGGCAAAUAUGGAGUCUUUUGUGGUAAAAACUCUGGACAGGAAAACACUCUGGGAAGUGCAAACCCCACAGGUAAUGAAGCCGGGGUUACUGAAGAAGGGGUUUGAGCUUGUUAAUAGGGAAGGCCUGGAAGUCACUGAUGAUGUGUCAAUUGUGGAGCACCUUAAACACCCAGUUUACAUCACAGAAGGCUCUUACACCAACAUCAAGGUUACAACCCCGGAUGAUAUGAUACUGGCUGAAAAGAUAUUAAAUGCCACUUCGUCUUGCGACGCCAGUAGCAGUGCUACAUCGUUCGGAAAUGAGGUGGUCCCAGUACCUAAGCCAUCAUCAGAACAAGAGUACAUAGUUCUAAAAACAGAAGAAGUCGCUCGUCUCCAUGCAAUGCUCCCUCAUCUUCCUGCGAAGAGUGGCAAGGCAACCAUCGUUGAAGCAGCAGCAAACUAUAUUAAAACGCUAGAAGAUGAGGUUAAGAAGCUACAAACUCUAAAGCAAGAAGCUGUCAAUGGUACUGAAACCAUGAAGAGUAAUCUACCAUCAGCUGCUAACCAAGAAAUGCCACGAGUCGAAAUGAUGGAAACUUUUGUAGCUAAUCAAGUACUUUUACCAAAGAUUAAUUUGUAAUCUACUGUAUAGCAUGCCAAAUAUAUGUAUAUAUUAUUGAGGUAACCUCUGAUGUUAACUAGGAGCCUUGCUAGGUUAUUUCUGAGACUGAAUGUAGAAGUAUUUUGCACCAUGGCUGCCAAUGAAAUAGAGAUUGAUUGGGUCCUGUGUUCUAAAAA